AUGGCGGAUGUUGAGCACGAGUUGGCGACGGGGCAGCCAAAGAAGAGGACUUUCAAGAAGUUCAGCUUCAGGGGCGUCGAUCUUGAUGCCCUACUUGAUAUGUCCACCGACGAGCUCGUCAAGCUCUUCAGUGCCCGUGCCAGAAGAAGGUUCCAGAGAGGUCUGACGAGGAAGCCAAUGGCUCUGAUCAAGAAGCUGCGCAAGGCGAAACGUGAAGCUCCAGCCGGAGAGAAGCCUGCUCUAGUGAGGACCCACCUUAGGAACAUGGUCAUUGUCCCCGAGAUGAUUGGGAGUGUACUUGGUGUUUACAACGGCAAGACCUUCAACCCAGUCGAGAUCAAGCCUGAAAUGAUUGGCCUCUAUCUUGGUGAGUUCUCGAUAUCGUAUAAGCCGGUCAGGCAUGGUAGACCAGGUAUUGGUGCCACCCACUCUUCAAGAUUCAUUCCUCUGAAGUGA